AUGGAAUGGUUAGCAAACGAGCAGACACGUCACCUGAUGAUUGGCUGGAAGUAUACCAACGCGUGGCUAGUAGGCAACCUGAUGUGCAAGUUGCUACUCGUACUGCGAGCCUUCGGUCUGUACCUGUCUUCUAACGUCCUCGUCUGUAUCUCUGUUGAUAGGUUCUUCGCAGUUAUUUAUCCAUUGCGGCUGCCGGUGGCGCGUCGGCGCAGUAAACAGAUGCUGCUAUGCGCGUGGGCAUUCGCACUCGCGUGUAGUUUACCACAGUUGGCGCUGCAGUAUAACUUCACCUCAUGA